CACUCCUUAACAACAUCUUUUUCUUCUUCUUUUCUUUUCUCACUUUUCGUAGCAUCCGUCAUAUAAACCCAGCCAACUACCCUUCUUCCAAUCAUUUCGUCGAUGCGAUCAUUCUCGCUCCAACUGCUACUCGCCUUGGUGGUAGCAUGCCUAUCACCGGCAGCUCAUGCCUAUUUUGACACCGGCGCCAACACUGACGCAAUGCCAUUCAUGGAUGGAAUGGUGUCCGUCAAUCGCAAUGACACCAUCAUCUACUAUGGCGGAGAAAACGCUACCACUCCUUACACAAAUCAAAUGUACGCCCUCAGUAACAUCCUUUCUGGUUCACCUACCUUCAGCAAAGUUCCACAAACCAAUGCUGGCCCUAAUAUUCUUUAUGGCCAAGCAGUGAUUUCAUCUACUGGCCAAACUAUGACGGUUGUUGGUGGAGCUAAUCCUGCCUUUGCUUCCAACGCUACGUUGCCAAUUUUCCAAUUUAAUUUCGCCACAAAUUCAUGGUCCGUUGGAACCACAGCUGGAGCCGCUGCUGGAGGCCCUAUGCCACAAACCCGUAUGAUGUUCUCUGCAUCUCUUGUGAAAACAAAACUUUAUAUCUAUGGUGGUGUCACAACUGAUAACCUUGGUUACUUCAAUGAUUUCUGGUCUCUCGAUCUUUCUACUACACCAUACACCUGGACCAACUUGACCACUACUGGUUUGCCCGUUCGUUAUGGUCAUGCUGCCACAGUUCUCACCAACGGCCAAAUUGUCUUCACUGGCGGUGUCACUAUUACCCAGUCAGGCGGAGCUUUGAUGGAUAUGUCAAGCGUUUAUGUGUUUGAUACCGUCAAAAACGCUUGGCAAGUCAACCCUGCUAAAUCUACCGGCAAAGUUCCGUCCAGCCGAGCUGAUCACUCUGCUAUUUUGACUGCCGAUGGAAAGGUUGCCGUGUUUGGUGGUGAUAACAACCAGCCUAUCUGGGGUCGUCAAUACACUGCUGAGGUCGCUGUUCUCGAUCCUUCCACAUGGACAUGGACCACUGUCACCAGUUAUAACGGUGUUGAGCCAAGUCUUCGCUCAUUCGCUUCUGCUCAACUGUACCAAAAUAAGUACAUGUUGGUCACCUUUGGUUCUGCUGGAAACAUCAAAUACAACGAUAUCAACCUCUUCAACCUCGAUUUGUCGAACCCUCAAUGGAUUGACUCGGCUUCCGAUACUGAUGAUAAUUCAUCUUCUGGAGUCAGCACUGGUGUUAUUGUCGGUGUUGCCGUCGCUGGUGGCGUCGUUGUCUUGAUCAUCCUCUUCCUUCUCUGGAAGUUCCAGCGAUAUAUUCGAUUCAUGGUUACCCGAAUUCACUCUGAUAUUUGGAAGCCUCGUGUUGGUGAACCCAUCUGGGCUGAAACCACCCGUCUUACUUCCCAAGUCAUUUUGUUGUUCGUCCUCAUCUUGUUGUUUGUUUUCAUCAUCCGUCAAGUCAUCGACAGCCCCAAUGUUACCCAGACCAUUAACUAUCCCGCUGCUUCGGUUGAUGUCCCAGAUAUCCGCUUCUGCUUCGAUGGUUAUUCCACUUACCCCAGCGCUAUGGACCCCCGCAAUCCCCGUGUAUCUUGCACUACUGAUGUGGGUGUUGGUUGCAACCAAUAUGUCCAGCAACUCAACAUGAGCGUCCACACUCCUGUUUUCUCCGAUCAACUCGGCGAAGUUACUUGCUACUUGUUCCGUGGCGAUAACUCAUUCGAAAUGACUGGCUCUUCUGGCAACAACAACGGUUCUCACAUGAUCUUUACUGUUUAUGGUGAUAAGACUGUUCAAUACGGACGUGUUCACGUAUCCCUUUGGCCCAAGCAAAUGGAUCCCAACGUUCCCAUUUAUAACCUUCCUGGAAGCAAUUUGCUUAGCACUCAAGAUAUAUCUAACUGGCUCAACGACGAACGUAACGACAUUCAAGUAGAGAACGUUUACGACUUUGCCCCUAACACCUACAACACUCUUCAAUAUCAAAUGAUCAACCAUCAGUACCUUCAAUCCGCUGGAUGGAACUAUGUUGGCUUCUUGUCCAUUACCAACUCCACUCCCGAAAUUGAUACUCAAUUCCGUCAAGAAAGUGCCAACCCCAUGUACAACUUGACCCAUCUUGAUCUUGGUACUUUUGUCGUUGCCCCUGCUGCUUAUCAAACCCAAGUUUUGAAAGAAUACAAGAUCUACAGUCUUGUCAAUGCUCUUGGUUUUGCUGGAGGUGUUGUUGGUCUCGUUUUUGGUCUCCAAGCCUGGCUCUUCGGUUACCGUCCCAGAUCUCCCUGGGGUGUCGUUCAUCGCUGGUCUGUUGGCGACAUGAAGAAAUCUUUGUUGCGUGGACUUCAAAGCAACUUCAAGACAGAAGCUGGUAUUCCCCUUGUUCACCCUGUCCACAAGCGAUUCUCUCAACAAGGUUAUACACCUUAUGCACCUUACGAAGCCGAUCCUGAUCGUAUUAGCAAGGUUGAAGAAAGAAUGCAGGUUUUGGAAUUGCUUUUCAAGGCAUACUAUGUCGAUGACGAAGUGUUCAGAUCGCUCGACAAUGCCAACAGACAAAGCGGCCAACUUGGUCAAGCUCCACAAUAUCCUAUGAAUGAGAAACUCACUGGCCUUGCCUCUGCUCAAGAGCACGACAGCAAGCGAGACAAUAGCUUUAAACAUAUGUUUAGACAAUCUUCUGGUAGUCUUAACAGCGAUACCAACUCUCAGCGUGGCUUAAACCAUGUUGCUCUUCAUGACAUGCCUUCGCACCACUGAAGUUUAGCUUUGUGAAAUUUCUACUAGUUUAUUUUUCUUUCUCUUUCUUGAUCCUUUGAAUCCCCCAACUUCCUCAAACAUCUAAACCUCUCCUUUUCAUAUCAUCAGUUCCUCUUUUUCAUUAGUUUUUUUUUUUCUCGGUAUAGAAGCCCAAUCUUUUUUUCUUUUGGUUCGUUCAAUGUAUUCCCACCUCCC